CCGCGAGGGGGCCGGAGGCUCGGUCUCGGAGGAGCUUGGCCGUGGGUCCGCACCGGGUGAACCGCGAGCCUCGGGGUCUGAGGUGCGUUUCACGCCCGCAGCUAGUCCAGAAUGGCGACCCUGAUCUUCGUUGAUAAGGAGAACGGAGAACCAGGCCCCCGUGCGGCUCCCAAGGACGGGCUGAAGCUGGGGUCUCGGCCUCCAGUCCAGGCUUUAGAUGGGAGAUCUCAGGUUUCAACACCACGUGUAGGCAAAAUGUUUGAUGCUCAAGCAGCCUUACCUAAAGUUGCCAGAAAGGCCUUGGGAACUGUCAACAGAGCCACAGAAAAUUCAGUGAAGACUAAUGGACCUCUCAAACAGAAGCAGCCAACCUUCUCUGCCAAAAAAGUGACUGAGAAGACUGUCAAAGCAAAAAGCUCUGUUCCUGCCUCAGAUGACACCUAUCCAGAAAUAGAAAAAUUCUUUCCUUUCAAUCCUUUAGAUUUUGAGAGUUUUGACCUGCCUGAAGAGCACCAGAUUGCACACCUCCCCUUGAAUGGAGUGCCUCUCAUGAUCCUUGAUGAGGAGAGGGAACUUGAAAAGCUGUUGCACCUGGGCCCCCCUUCACCCCUGAAGAUGCCUUCUCUAUCCUGGGAGUCUAAUCUGUUGCAGUCUCCCAGCGUUCUGUCGACCUUGGAUGUUGAAUUGCCACCUGUUUGCUAUGACUUAGAUGUUUAAAUUUCUUAGCACUUAAUAGUUUGUGUACUUUGUAUUAAUAAAGCAAUUCUUUAACAGAC